AUGGCUCUCCGCUUUCUGGCCGCCGUCUUGCUGGGCGCUGCCGCGUGGCAGUGCGCCUUCGUGACCUCCGGUGCCGGCCCGACCCGCUCUCCUCAGGUGAGCAUGCGUGCGGCCGCUGGCCAAUCCCAGGCCGCUGAGCAGGAGAACGGCCUGUCCCCUGUGGUGUCCAUCGGCAUCGGUGCCAUCGUUGGUCUGCUGGUGGCCGCGGCCCCAGCAUUGGCCGUGAGCUCCCAGGGCUACGAGCAAAUGGGGGGCGACGAGGUGAAGCGCUACGAGAAGCCCGAGGGCACUUCCAACCUCCUCAAGGAGCUGACGGGUGACAAGCAGAAGUUCUACGCGGGCAAGGUGGACCUGGACUACAGGAGCAAGGGCUACAAGAUGGAGGAGUACAAGACCGAGCGUGAGCUGCAGUCCAAGCUCAAGGGUGGCAAGUGA